AUGUAUUCAAAAGGCUACUAUAUGAAGUCUCGUAAAGUGCGAUGCUUGCGACAGACCACAGAACUUAGUGCAUCUUCAGAUUCUGACGAAGAUGAUGUAGAUGAUUCUGCCCCUUCUAUUGUAACAGACUCUAAUGUGGUCGUGGAAGCUGUUAGAGAACUUCAGAAACUGAGAAAGCGACCAGCUGGCAUUGGUUUAUCUGCAUUAGCUACUGGUAAAGAAAUUCCAAACCUUAAUUUGGCAAUAUCUAAUGAUCCAUUUAAAUUGAAAACUGGUGGUUUGGUUGAUCUAAACAGCAUUUCAUCAGCUAAACAAACAGAAGAGGAUGAUGAUGUUGAAGCUCGCCUAGCAAAGACUUUUGCUACAGAAACUAAUAAAAGGGAUGAAGAUGCUGAAAUGAUUAAAUAUAUCGAGGAGGAAUUAGCCAAGCGAAAAGGAUUAAUUAAACCAUCCUCCCUGGAACGAGGUGAAGAUUCUGAUCUACUCCAAGAUGUUCCUGAAUACCUUAGACCAUCGAUUGGUCAACAAAAAGAAGAUAUGUUAUCCAAUCAAAUGUUAUGUGGUAUUCCUGAAGUUGACUUAGGUGUAGAAGCUAAAAUGAAAAAUAUUGAGGCUACAGAAGAAGCAAAACAAAUUUUAUUAAAACAAAGAUAUCGAAGACAUAACCAUUUAAUAGAUGAAAUGACACCAAUGAAUAUGGCAGUAAAUUUUGUUCAACAUAGUCGAUGGAAUAAUUAUACAAAUGGAAUUAAUAAUAGGAGAGCUGAUGUUCACGGUAAACGAGAACGUAAUCAUACUGGUAACAUGGAGAAAUCAGUAAACAUGAAGGAUAAUGUUAGAGGAAGGGGAAUGCGAUGUUCAGAGAAUGGAACUUCACAUAUUCAAGCAGAAAAAUCAACAGAUAAUAUUGCACUUCAACGAUUCAAAAUUUUAUGCGGGAUAAAAAACGUCGUUGAUAUCUUGUUCUUCAUCUUUAUAAUUGAUAUUUUAUUUUAUGUAUGCUCAAGUUACUCUAUCUAA